AGGGCUGCUGCACUGGCCCAGCCGGCGCGCCUUCGGUUCAUGUAGGUGUGUACCUUGCUGCUCCUUUAGGCUCCUCCGCCAGGUUUGUCUUCCACUCGCUUACAUCGGACAUUUUCCCAAUUUGCGACACGCUGGCACGAUCGGUCAGCCCCAACGACGCGAUCGAUCCAGAGCCAUGCUUCCGAGAGGGUAGCGCCGCUGGAUAUAGCCAUGUCUCCCACCUCUGAGAAACGGCACGACGACGUCGCACCCCCAGCAGUAGCAGACAUCAGCGCCGCGGGCAAGGCGAACGAGACGAUCGUGCCAGACGCGAAAAGCGACACGGCAAACCCGCCCCUACCGGGAAACCGCAAGGAGCCGCCGCCGGAGAAGCCAGAGGACGUCCGAAGACGAUCGUUCAUUGUCGCAUCUUUCUGGCUCAUCGUCCUGUUUCUCGGCCUGCCAAUAUGGUGGAAGACGACCACGAUAUACCGGGCGGAUCUGCCCCUGAGCGAGAUGAUGGACUGGGCUGACGGCAAGGCCUGCACCCCGGUAUUUGCCAUACGAAUUGCCCUCGAUACAUCUGGCCUCGGAGAGGAGGAAUCCUAUAACCUCAUGAGCAUCACACAGCAAGCACUGGAUGCCAUGGGCGACUUUGCGGCCCAGCGUCUGCAACUCGAGCCAUUACCGUCUACUGGUGCAGACUAUAUGAACGCCCCGUCCCACGAUUCCGAUGCCGCGCUCGUGGUGCGCCUCCGUCCCGGCCAAACCAUGACCGCCUCGCUCCAUUCGCGUUCCCCCGUUCUCGAUGUCACCUACCCCCCCAACUCUAUACCGUCCCCUACCGCCAACUCUUCCGACUUCGCGACCUAUCUAGCAACGCAACUGCGCGAGACCUUCUCCGAAGAACGGGAUGUCAUGUCCUAUCUCCUCGCGACCUACACGACACAUGCCGAACCCCGACCGCAAGGGUCUCUUCGAGACGCGGCCGAGGCCUCGCUGUCGAAACGGAUGACGAGAUCGCUGAAGUACUCGCGAACCUACCACCUGACCUUCUCGCUGUUUACCAACGGGCCUACGCCGAGCAGCUGGGAUGUCGAUUCGGCGAUAGACGAAUACAUGAGGCCCAUCCUUGAUAUGUUGGGACCUAUCCACAACUUCACCAUCGAUACACAGGUCCAGCUGUACGCUUCGCCCGGCGUGCAGUCGCAGGUUCUCACCAAGGAAGAUCUAUCUUCCUUCAUAAACGCCGCGGAAUGGCCGCUGUCGCCUUCUAUCGGAGGGUCGCCGACGGUUAAUUUUGUCAUGUAUGUUGGCAAUCAAACCGUCGGGCCGGACCCCGGGGCCCUCGAAUCGGGAUCCUCCCACUCGUGGCUCAUCCCGCAGUGGGGUUCUGUCUAUCUCUUACCGCCACCUGCUACCGACCACAUCCGGUCUGAGUUGUUGAAGCAGCCAAUCCUGACCUUUACUUCUCACCUGCUCUCGCUCCUAAAUACCCCGCAGACGGGACCCCUGCCGAUGCGCCUCUCAACACUCACCCGCAUACGGUCUGCAGACCUGCUUCUACGGGCGUCUUCCUCGUUGGGGUCGCUGGCCCGUCUCUCGCUAGCGUUGCCGAGCAUAUCCAUCCCGCCCAGCGUCGCCGACGGAGUGACGAAAUCGAUGCGCCACCUGCGGUCCGCGUGUUCCCACCUUGGUGGGACAGACGGUCUCGAGCACGCGCGCAUAGCCGAGGCAGAGGCCGAACGUGCGUUCUUCGAGAAGAGCAUGGUUGGGCAGCUCUAUUUCCCCGACGAGCACAAGGUGGCCAUUUACUUGCCAUUGUUGGGGCCAGUAGGUGUACCUCUCGUCAUCGGCCUGUUGAGCCAGGUCAAGGCUUGGAAGAAGAGGUCGAGGGAGGAAAAGGCGAAGAAAAAAGCCUAAGUCGUCGGCCACUUCAGGGUCACCCAUACGU